AUGAAGCAAUUAGAAGCUGUUAAAUCCCUUCACGCAGUUCAAUCUUUGCGGCAGGAGCUUUCAAGUGUUACUUCGAUUGAUCCUGAGGUCCAGGCAGACUUGGAUGCACAUCCAGAGGAAAAUCUCAUUUUUACCGAAAGAAUCCGCAGGAACUUCCAUAAAUUUGUUAAGAAGGUGACGACAAAGGAAGGUUUGCUUGGCCAUUAUGAUUAUUCUUAUUUAUUCAUCCCUGCAGUCCCAUUUGUCAGUAAAAAGCCAAGAACACAACCGUUCUUUGGCCUCCACGAUGACAUGCCAAUAUUUCUUGGUCUGCUUUUGGGUCUCCAGCACUCAUUGUCCAUGCUAGCAGGUCUAGCUACGCCUCCAAUCAUGAUUUCUGGUUUUGCAAAUUUGGAUACCAAGCAGGAACAGUACUUGGUGUCUGCUUCUCUCAUGGUUUCCGGAUUCUUGUCAGCAAUCCAGAUUACUCGUUUCCACAUUCCAAAGACACCAUACUUUAUUGGCACUGGUAUAAUUUCUGUGGUCGGUACUUCUUUUGCUACCAUCACUAUUGUGACUAAAGGCUUCCCUAUGAUGUACAAGACUGGAUUCUGCUCAACCGAUUCUAAAGGUAACGAGCUUCCUUGUCCCGACGGAUACGGUGCAUUAAUCGGUACUUCUUGUGUAUGCGGUCUUCUUGAAGUCGUCCUUUCUUUCUUGCCACCAGCUAUUCUUCAGCGGAUAUUUCCUCCUGUUGUCACUGGUCCAGUUGUGUUGUUAAUUGGUGUUUCUUUGGUGGAGACAGGUUUUGAGGAUUUCGCCGGUGGUUCUGGUUGCAUGAGUUCUGGAACUUGUGCUAAAGGACUUCCUUGGGGUUCUGCUCAAUUCAUUGGUCUCGGUUUCUUGGUUUACGUCACCAUUAUUUUCUGCGAGAAGUGGGGUUCUCCGAUUAUGAAAUCCUGUGCUGUUAUCUGCGGUUUGUUGGUUGGCUGUAUUGUUGGUGCAGCUUGCGGAUAUUUCACACACGAAGAAAUCGAUGUUGCUCCUGCAGUUACGUUCGUCUGGGUUCAUACAUUCCGAUUGAAUGUGUAUGGUCCUAUGGUUCUUCCAUUCUUGGCAUGCUAUAUUGUGUUAAUGAUGGAAGCCAUCGGUGAUAUUACUGCCUCUUCGGAUGUCUCCAGAUUGGACAUUUCUGGACCUUUAUACGAGUCACGUAUCCAGGGAGGUGUUUUGGCAGAUGGUUUCAACGGAAUUCUGGCUGGUUUGAUGACGUUGCCUCCACUUUCCACCUUCGCACAAAACAAUGGUGUUAUAGCCAUCACUAAAUGUGCCGCAAGAACUGUCGGUUACUGGUGCUGCUUUUUCCUUGUUAUUAUGGGUAUCUUCUCCAAAUUCGCUGCAGCUUUGGUUGAAAUUCCAAGUGCUAUCUUGGGAGGAAUGACCACGUUCUUGUUCACAUCUGUUGCCGUCUCUGGUUUAAAGAUUAUUUCUACAAUUCCUUUCACUAGACGUGACAGAUUUGUGCUUACAUGCUCUCUUAUGUUUGGUUUGGGUGCUACACUUUUGGGUGACUGGUUUGACAAUGUCUUCACGUAUAGUGGUGACAACAAAGCUCUAGAAGGUUUCUUGAAUGCCAUUAUUUUGGUUAUGGAGACUGGUUUUGCAAUCGCCGGUUUCAUUGGUGUUAUCUUGAACUUAUUUAUUCCACAGGAUCUAGAUGAAAAUGAUGAGGCUGAUCAUCUAAUUGAUGAGGAAGUUGUUGAAAGCUCUUCAAACAACGGAAUUUCCAGCUCAGACGAAAAGAAAACCGAUAAGGGUGUGUCUGUUGUACAGAAAGUCUGA